UUUGAACAGUAUUUUGACAGUAGCUCAGGUCAGACCUACAUGCCAACGCUGCGGGAAUAUGGGCAUCUGUUGCAACUACUCGCCAUCCAUGAGACUGGGCAAACCACGAAAGAAUCGUAAUCCAGACGGCACUAUCAUGCGCGAUGUGUCGCCGGCUACCUCGUGUGCACCUUUGCACAUGGGACCACGACCCACAGUGAUCCCAAGAACCACUUCUUACACUGCUGAGAGCUCACCAGAGCCAAAUGACCCUUUAUUCUUUGCUCCCCCAACGCCCGAGUACCCUUAUGCGGAUGCCUUCAUGGCCAAUGGCUUUGAUGGAAGCCAGUCUCCAUAUUCGGACGAAGGGACCUUCGCCAGUGGCUGGUCCAGUGAGGACCGAUUGGUGUUUCAAAGCCCCACUGACACGUUCACGAGCGUGCCACCGAUCACAAUACCGACUUCACCUUUUGCAGCACAUUCCAGAACGAUCAGUAUGCACAGUCAACCGGACCUCCUUAUGGAUGGGUUGAGAGACCCAGCACCAAUCCCGAGUCCUCAAUUCUUCCCGUCACCAGAUCGGCACUCUAUUCCUACGUUUUCCCCGGAUAAGAUGGCUCUUACUUCACCAAUGAUCCCGGCACCUCUUCCCACUCCUCCUGCCUCUGCGUCAAUGCCUAAACACGACUGCACACAGUUUGCUUUCCAAACCCUCAACAGCCUACACCCUCCGCCGUCAGAGCCCACACACGGCGAUUUCAAUGGAGCUACUGGCGCUCUCCCAACCUUGGACACCGUCCUAUCCACCACCAAAGCCGCAGUAGACAAGCUCUUCGUACUACUGGGUUGCGCUUGCUCCACCAACCCUCACUUCUCCACCACCAUCGCAUUCACCAUCAUGAAGGUCCUCGCCUGGUAUCAAGCCAUCGCAGUGAUGAACCACCCCGGCGCAGAAUCCUCCAUCAACACAACCAUGGAGGCUUUCACGCAUACGCCUACAUCAGCGGGCGACUAUUCCCGCGAAGGCGACGACGAGGACACGAUCCGCACACAUCAUGUUCUCGGCGAGCUCCGCAAGAUCGAGAAGCUCAUCGACAGAUUCCAAGACCGGUACUGCAAGGCGGCGAGCGCAUCGGAAACCGGCAUUGAUGCUAGCGUCUAUGCCUCGCUUGAGUCUCUGCUUCGGACGCGCGUGCGCGAUACCUUCAAGAUCACGAUGAAGACUGCGCCUGAAGACGUCAGGAGGCAGGUUGCGUCGCGGACGCACCAGCAACAGCAGCAGCAGCAGAUGAGGGCUCGGACUAUGACGUUCUGAUUCCGCGCCGUGCUGGUUCGGUGUGUUUUAGCA